AUGCCGCGCAGGGCCAGCCUGCGGCUUCAAUCCAAAACCGCCGCCUCUGACGAAGUGACGCGACUGGACGCGCCCACCCCACAACCGCCGCCGCCGCCCAAGGCCGCCAGUCGGCGCAAGCGGGUGGUAUUGAACCGCCCCAAGACCGUCGCAGACCAUUCCAAAUCCUUUGAAGAUGACAUUCGCAUGGGCGUCAAACGUGGGGUAGUCGAACCCGAGGCACUGGCCGACCUUACGUUUCCUCCCUUGAGCUCACCACCGGCAAAGAAGCCCCGAAGAGGCCGGCCUAGAAAGUCGGUGAGGUCGAAGGACGAGAGUCUGGUGAUACUGAUUGACGAAAAGCGGCCUGCGGAGCACCCGACUGCUGCACGGGGGCCUCGGGCAGGGAGGCGACAACGGCUGAGGAACGACAAGGAGACAAAUAUGGGAGCCGAAGCAGCUCAAAGACACAGUCCCAAGCCUGUGAAUCCGGAUGCCCAGCCGGCUAGCUCUAAGAACAAGUCAAAUACAGCCAAGCGCAAGUCAUCGCUGCAGCGACCGACUCCUAAAGAGCUUCGUCCGUCACGGACGGUGGAUGUCAACGACUACGAUUUUCCUGACGACGAUGAGGAAGAAGAGGAGGCGUCAGCGGCCAGGGAGAACGAGCAUAUGUCUUCUAUCCUUUCUGGAAAAGGCGCGCGCGGCACCGGUGAGAGCCAAGAUCAUUAUGACGAAGAUGGAGGGCAGGCCCAACAAUCUGAUGACAACGAAGGAUAUGAACGAUAUGAAGAGCAGGAGCCUGAUGAUAUUCCCGAGGAAGAAGUAAUAGUGGAUGAUGGAUACACAAGCUCAAGCGCAAGCGACGAGACGGCAGCAUGUGAAGCCGUCGAACUCCCUUUUGGCCCCGACAAUCCUCAGGAUCACCACUACGUGAAAGUCUACUGCGGUUCACUCCAGACAGCGUUUCUGCAGAUGGGUAAAGAAUUCUGGGCCGGAGGCGGGGACGGGUGGCGCUCGACUUGGAAAUCGGGUGUGAACUUUGACAGCACCCAGAAGCUUGCUGCCGCUCUCAAGAAGCUACACAGCCAACUUGGUCAGGCUCCAGUGCACCCAGAUGUUGCGAAGCAGGAUGAAUAUCUACGACAGCAUGCCAAGAGCCUCGAGCUUCAGAUCGCGGUGAUAAAUAUGAUGGUUACAGAUCUUUGCGGCUCUUUGCCCAAACAAAACAAUGCCAGGGCCGUUGCUGAAGAUGUGACCAAGAGCAUCGUUCCUGCGGCGAUUGUUGUACUACAGCAAGUGUUCGUCAUGAGCGGAAUGAGUACCCAGUUGGUCCUCAAUAAUCGCCGCUGCGCGUACAUGUCCCCGACAACGGUGGCGAUUGCAAAUCACGUCAUAGGAUGGCUCAAGGCCUUAACAGACACGGUCGUGAGACGCGUGCCUCUGGCACGUGAUGCUGGCAUGAAGGAUAUUCGUGCGCAGAUCUCACGAGAGGCCCUCGUCGACUGCCUCGAACAAGUCCGAAAGGGGAAAGGAGGCUUGGCCGCAUCCGAAGCCAAGUUUGAAGAGAUCGCCGAGGCUGCGCGCGUGGAACAAGAGUGCCAGGAGGCGGAAGCUGCCGUCCGUAGGGAGGCAGCGAGUCAUGACGCGACCAUAAAGCGGAACAGGCAGAUGGAGGCACAGGCUCGAUACGCCACGAGCGACGACCAGUACAUGGCCUUCUGCAGAUCGACGCAGAACCUCGGGCCUGACCCCUUGUGGGAGCAUCGCAGGCGCAAGAUGCAGGCUAGCAUGCGGGCAUUUCGUGUCGCGGGUAUGGGGUAUGGGGUGUCGCGACAGCCGGGGGCGUCCGUCAAGGCGCUUAGGACGGAGGCUCAAAAAUCUGCGCACCGACUCGAUGCUAGGCCGCCUGUACUGGAGGAGCGAUGUGAGCCCAGCGAAGAAGAGAAGAAGGUGAUUCUCGAGCACGUCGUGAAGAACCGACGAUUCGACGUCGAUGCCGUUGCACGCCAGCUUGGCUGGGCGCCAGGUCAUGUCCGGAAGUGGAGGGAUAUUCUCGUUGUGAGAGCAAGGAAGGCCUAUCAAGCAAGGGGUUACUCUGUCAGCCGGUUGCCCAAGUGGCUAACUUGA